GUGAGGGGGGAGAGACCAGGACACGGAGUUAGUGAGGGGGGAGAGACCAGGACAAGCAGUGCCAGAGGCGGUGUGAUUUAAGGCGGGGCGGGGGUCGGGUCGGGUCACCAUGUUCAGCUGGCUGUCCGGGCCCGACGCCUCUCAGAAGGACGCGAUGGUGUUUGAGACGGUGGCGGACGGGCUGCGCUCCCUGUACAUCAAGAGGCUGCAGCCCCUGGAGGAUUACUACCACUUCCACCAUUUCCAUUCGCCCGCUCUGGAACAGGCUGACUUCGAGAACAAACCUAUGGUGCUGCUUAUUGGGCAGUACUCGACUGGCAAGACCACCUUCAUCAGAUACCUCCUGGAGCAGGAUUUUCCAGGGAUGAGAAUUGGACCUGAACCAACAACAGAUUCCUUCAUUGCUGUGAUGCACGGAGAAGAAGAAGGCAUAAUUCCUGGCAAUGCACUUGUUGUAGAUCCCAAAAAACCAUUCCGAAAACUGAAUUCUUUUGGAAAUGCUUUCCUAAACAGGUUCAUGUGUGCCCAGCUGCCAAAUCAAGUGCUGCAGAGCAUUACUGUUAUUGACACACCAGGUAUCCUCUCUGGGGAAAAGCAACGCAUGAGCAGAGGAUAUGACUUUUGUGAAGUUUUGCGAUGGUUUGCCGAAAGAGUUGAUCGCAUAAUCCUGCUCUUUGAUGCCCACAAAUUGGAUAUAUCUGAUGAGUUUUCAGAGGCUAUCAAGGCACUAAAAGGCCAAGAUGACAAGAUCCGUGUUGUUCUGAACAAGGCAGACCAAGUAGAUACACAGCAACUGAUGAGGGUGUAUGGUGCAUUGAUGUGGUCCCUUGGCAAAGUGAUUGACACUCCUGAGGUCGUCCGCGUCUACAUUGGAUCCUUCUGGUCAAAACCCCUCCAGAUUACCGAAAAUCGAAAGCUCUUUGAAAUGGAAACAGAGGACCUCUUCAAGGAUAUUAAGAGCUUACCUCGAAAUGCUGCACUGCGCAAACUUAAUGACCUCAUCAAAAGAGCCAGGCUUGCCAAGGUUCAUGCCUACAUCAUCAGUCACUUAAAGAAGGAAAUGCCAGCUAUGUUUGGAAAAGAUGCAAAGAAAAAAGAAAUGAUAAGCAGACUUCCAGAGAUAUAUGUGAGCCUCCAGCAGGAGCAUAAUAUCUCUGCCGGUGAUUUCCCCAAUGUACACAAAAUGCAGGGUAUGCUGCAAUCAUAUGACUUCAACAAAUUUCACAGUCUAAGACCCAAGUUGUUGGAGGCGGUGGAUGAAAUGUUGGCCAACCACAUUGCCCAGCUGAUGAACUUGAUACGGCAUGAAGAAGCAAGCAAGCCAGCGCAGGCUGUGAUGGGUGGUGCAUUUGAUGGCAACGUUAAUGGGCCCUUCAAUGAAGGCUACGGUGAAGGAGCUGAAGCAGGAAUAGAUGACAGUGAGUGGAUUGUGGCAAGGGAGAAGUCAAAAUAUGAUGAAAUUUUCUACAUGCUCUCACCAAUUAAUGGCAAAGUUAAUGGGAACAAUGCAAAGAAGGAAAUGCUUAAGUCUAAAUUGCCAAACAUAGUCUUGGGGAAGAUCUGGAAACUGGCUGACAAUGAUCAUGAUGGAAUGUUGGAUGACGAGGAAUUUGCUCUUGCCUGUCAUCUGAUAAGCAUAAAACUUCAAGGCUAUGACCUGCCUCUUGAAUUACCAGAGCACCUCAUACCUCCAUCCCAAAAAAAGAAUUGAGUUUAUUUUGCAAUUUAGGUUAGAGACCAAUUGGUGAUGGGAUGGAAGAAACAGCAGUUAAUUCAAGGGAAUGAUAAAAUGGCCUGCAGGUUCUGCUUCAAAAACGUCUGUUUACUCGAAUUUUAAGCUAAACUAGACAUUUAAGCAUCUUUGUUAAAGCAAUUGCUAAUGUAUUUCAACAGAGCUGUGAAACCUGAUGGUGCACACUGUAGCUACUAAAUCGUACAAUGUCCCCAGAGUGCAAUGUCAGCACUUGGUGCAGCAUAUGUUAAAUUGAUUGAAAGCUUCCCUAGAAUUUUCUUUCUGAUCUGAUAUCUCUUGACUGGUUUCAGCCAUGCAAAGACAUUCCUAUUCUUUGAGUGGUGUAAAACCUUUUUUUUUCCUACUUGUUGCCUCUACUUAUCUGGGUUGCUGGGAAAACUGAACUAGUUUGAUCUGGGUUGGUCCAACCAAACAAGAAACUUUAUGUUUGUGAACGAACUGGUAAUGUGUAUCAGCCCAUUGGGUCAGUGUUUGUCACAGGCUUCAUCUUUUGCAUAGAAUUUCGUGACUGAAUUGUUGACAACCGUGUAUGGUAAAACAUCUUGCUUAAAGAAACUUGGCAUCAUAAGAUGGAAGCUCGAGACAGUUCUCCAGGUUGAACGGUUUAGAUUUGACUUUUGGCUCAUUCAUUCUGCAAGUGUUGUCAAGUCGCAUCAGUACAAUCCAUAGCGUUCAUUCAAUGGCUACAUUUACAAAACCAUUUUAAAGCUUCCUGGAGAAAAAAUUGUGUUGAGUUAAAUUUUGAAAUUGCAUUCUACCUUCAAAUAUUUUAUUAAUUCUAACAAAGGCAAAAACGAUGAAAUAAAUAAUUUAAUGUGUUGUUCUUGGGACAUUGGCAACACCAAGCACCAGCAGUUGCAAGGAGACACAGGUCAAAUCCCAGGAUUUGAACCGUGGAGAAUGAAAUAUUUGAAUUCAAUUGAAUUACUUGAAACAAUAUACAGCUACACCUGAUCUUAAGGAGGCAUGCACAUAGAUGUGAAAGAGUAAUAUAUAUAUCAUGCCUAUUGCCUGAUGUUCUGAAACACCAGCUAAUGCUACCAGAGGAAUGAUAUACGCUGAUAAAUUUAUAUUUUAUCACGCAUUUGCUUUCCAGCAAAAUAAUCUGAUCUUCACAAUUGCAUGUGAAUCAUUAAAAUUUGGAAUAAAUUGUCCUGAAAAAUCCAAAUUAAACUGGAUCUUUAUUGGCUAUGUUCAGU